AUGGUUGAGUUUGAAGUGCCAAACUCUCCCAUGCGAGAGGAUGAAACGAUCAGCUGGGAUCUGGUUGAACAGCUCUUGGCCACUGCUUCUCCCGACCAUCAGGUCACGGUACAAGACCGCAUCAAUGAGAUCUCUGGAAGAAAGACGCGUAGACACGGAUUUUGCCAACGGCAUGUCUACACUGCGGAUCUGGCUGAAUACCUCAAUCUUGCCUCUCGUACUGACUUAGACACCAUUUCUCGAAAUGGUGUCUCCGACGGACGAAUAUUUUACAUGCUUAACAGAAAGUAUAUCAAAUUACGACAUUUCUAUGAACGGCAUCAAGUUGCCAAACAUCGCUUCAAGAAAAGAGAUUUCAAUGUGUAUCUGGAAGAUUUCAAGCGCUACCAAGCUACCCGUGGCCGCGGUGGCAAAGCCUACUACGAGGCUAUUGAAGAUCGGCUCGAUUCUAAAGCCGAUCGCCGCAACCUAGUACGGUUGCAAAGAAUGGAACUCGAACAGGUGAGCACUGACGAAAGCGAGGAAUCUGUGGAAGAGAUUGAGCCUGUGGCCAAUGAAUCAAUCAGUCUUAUAUCAGACGAGGAGGAAACAACAGCACAGGGAGAUCUACCUUCAGCAGCGCAAAACACUACGGUCGACGCAGAGAACAGCCAAGUCAGUAUAGACCUUUCUUCGCCUCCUACUACUCCUGUGAGUGUCCAAUCACUUAGUCCAGAGCCUCUGGCACAACAAGACUCUACAAUGGGGCCAACCACCCCGGUAAACGCUUCCACAACAUCGCCACAACAGACUCAAACAGGCACACAACAAAUGCUAGAAGAGUAUUCCAUUCUUGAGCCAGACUACAGUCGCAGGACACGAAGGCAUAAAUUUUCACAAGACCAUGUGUAUGUCACUGAUACUGCAGUGUAUCUGGGUCUGUCGUCAAUUUACCAGCUAAACGAUCUCUAUGACCAGGGAAAAUCCUACAAUGAAAUCAUGUCAUAUCUGGAAUCUGUUUAUUCUCAGAAACGAAAAGAACGUGAGAAAAAAGAGAUUGGAUAUGGUCCUUUUUACAAGCCAACGUUUGCUGCAUACCUCGCCUCCGAAACUCACAACUUGGCAGAGCAGAAUAAUAUCGAGAAAGAGAAAGUCAUGAGCGAAAGUGGUGAGGAUGAAUACGUGGAUGACGAACCGCCUAUCCUCUCCUCCCCUGUUUUGGCUCCAAUAUUACACAGACAAAACGAUGACCUUUCUCCGAUGGAAUUCUCUUGUCGUGACGGACUCAAGGAAUCUAGUCAGGACAGCCAGGAGGAUGCUUUCGUAUUUCGCAACCGUUUGCUGAAGAAAAAGAAUGCUUUGAAGGGCGUCCUUCCAAAUUCUUUUUUGAAGCUGAAUAAACCACAAUCGGUAAUCAGACAUCAACGAGGACCAAGGGCUACACGACCAGGCCUUGCACGCAAGAAGAAUCACAAAUACGCCAGAAGUGACGAGUUUUCCGAUUUCUUGACCAACGAGGACUCCCAAACAGAGAUUAGGCCGUUCAAGUACGAGGAGACGGAGGAAGGAUACACGCCUUUGCAAUUGGCCCCAACUUUCGAGAGUGCUGAAGAUGUAAACGUGCUUUCUUCUGCAUCAUCCGACUCUGAUGUGAGAGAGCUUUUUGAGGUGACUAUUGGUAAAAACUAUGCUGAAGAAGAUCUAUCAGCAGGCAUUGAUUACAUGCUUAACAGAGCGCCGAACACCAAGGGAAUUGCGAAGAGCAAACCUAGAAGACCACGCAUAGGUGCAUCUAGAAGGCCGCGAAGUGAAACUCCUUCGCUGAGGUACGGACGUAAGGUGCUUCAACGAACCUCAGAGCCACUGUCCAAACGACCACUCGAACAAAUGAUAUGGAUUAAUGACGGUCAUGAUAUAAUCUACACAGAGAAGCCAUCAAAUGACAUAGAGAAACGUGCCACAACAGCAAGUCAUAAACGCAGAAAGAAGCUCGCUGCUGCGGGAAACCCAGGAGAUCCAAAACAUUUUUAUUACCAGAGACGUCGAAUUUUUGGCACUGCUCAACUGGAAGAUAUAGCAAACGAGGAAGUGAUCGAGGUCAGGCAACCAUUGCAAAACAAAACCAAUACCUAUACUAAUGUCCUAGAUAGAUUGGGUAAGACAACUUUGCAAAAAGCGUUCCAUAUGGGAGAUUUGAGUCUUGAGAUAUAUCGGGAUCUUGACCCUGGAAAGACCUCAUUGAUCAAUUCCAACCUUUUCCAUGCUUGUUCGAACGAGGAUGGCGACUAUUACAAGUAUGAGCCUAUUGAAUUUUCAUUUAAAAACCUGCAUUACUCAAUUGACAACUCCAACACAGAUAAAAGUCCAAGACUGACAGAUGCCUUGCUGAAGCAGGUGUUUUCAUCUCUUGCUAGACAAGCAUUAUCUGAGGAUGAACACAACAGUAUAAGGAAAGCCUACAUUCGCAUUCUGCAAUUGACUUGGAAUAUGUUUAAAUGGAGCCGACACGAUUUCAUAAAGUUCGCAAGAGUGCUUUUAUCCUCGUGUUGGACAUUUUUGGACCUCGCCGCUGAAGCUAAAACCAAACUUCUAUAUGCCCCUUUUCAUCUAACAUUGGCUACUCUCACAGGUAGACUUAUGAGACAGCUUAAGGAAGACCAUCAGGGUUUCGAUCACGUCGUGGUAAAGCUUCAAAGACACGUCAACAGAUUGGCAUGCACAAUUUCCAAGUCUCAAUUCUAUUGUGCAUUGAAAGAUGACUCAUCGAAGUUUAUGGAAUCGAUGUCGAUGUUUUUUGCCUUGUGCCCAAACCCGUGGAAUCAGGUUGCAUCAUUGGCCAAAGAGCAUGAGUUGCCAUUUGAAAACGUGGUGAGCUAUCUGUAUUUUAUUCAUUCUCAGAAGCCAGUCUUGGUUGAUUGGGAGUUUUUCAUCCAUGAGGUUGAAGCUCUUAAGGACGCCAUAAAUAUACAGAAGUAUCGUUCUGUUCUAUCGACGAUCAUGAAAAUUAUCAAGGAGCUGAAAUGGAAUUUUGAGGAGCUUUUGUUGGUGAAAAUCUAUAGACUCAUCAGCUACCACCGCUUUGAAAAUAUCGGCAGCACGAAGAGAGUUACUUGCAACGUGCCCUUGUCCCUUACAAUCUCAGAAUCUGAUGGGUGUCUAGACAUGUACAUCAAAUUCCUUACCCUUCAUGUCCAGCAAUAUAUGGAACCAGAGAAAAAGAUGAGCCUGAUCGAAAAAGUCACUCCUGUGAGCGAUAUUAGCACAUGUACGGUCAAACUUCUUGGAAAUCGGAUUAGCCUUCUUAUGGUGAUGACUCGACUAUUCAAACAUGACUUUUCGAAGCAAGUGGCUAGUCUUUUUGGGGUUUUGGUUGCAUUUGGAUCAACAUCUGCAUACGAGCAUACCCUCGAUCUCGUUAGCUCGUACACACAAUGUCAGUUUGAAGUUUUUAAAAAGAUUCCUAUGCCACUUAUUCGUGGUUGCUUGGUUCAAGUUGUCGACUCAAUCAAUAGCUUACGGUUGACCUCAGAUGCAUCGUUGGAUAAAUUGCGCUAUUUGGCGAAACAGCUAUGUGAUGCAGCUAUUGACGAUAAAGAAGACGGCAGAAUUGGCCAGUACUUAUUGCUGUUCAUCACUUUAUUGAAACUUCGAACAUCCCACCUUUCAGUCAUGAUUCAAAGAACGAUAGAUGUUAUUCGAAAACUCAUAUGGAUGAAGCCGGCCGCCUUCCAUAGUUUAUCCCCCAAAAUACGAACAGAAUUACUUUCUGCGUUGAAAUCGAUUGUGCUAGCGCCAGAGUUGCUUAGCGACUCCCUCAAGAAGUCGAGCAUUCAUCUUUGGGUACAUAUCAGCUCUGUCACUGGAGUUGUUGUUGAUGCUUUGAUCCACCUGGAGUGGCAGUACUUUGGCGCUGCCGACAUGAGGUCCAAGUACGAGUUGGCAUUCUUCACAUCAGUGAUGACAUUUUACAGGGACCAAGCUUCCGCCAGCUCAUUUCCAGAGAUGUUCAGGGUAUUCCUCCAAAAGCUUGCUGAUAUAUGCACUAAAGAUCUCUUCGAUUUCUGUAAACUAUUGGCACAACAGAACGAACACAGCGGAUAUUUGGAAUUUAGAACUGGAAAGAAUCUGUCAGAUAUGACAAUGGAGGAAUUCUCGGGUCAAAUAAUGAGAGUCAGCGUUCGGAUCCUUGCUCGUUUGGUGGUCGGUGCUAAAAAAGGCAGGGAACAAGAUGUCGACUAUCUGAAGCUGUUUGUGAAGUCCUUGAGCGAUGUAUACAAGAGAUCUAUCGCGCAGGGAAAGUUUGAAAAACCCAAAGAAGAUUUCGUCACGUUGAUCCGCUAUCUUAAUACUGUGGCAAGCUCCGUUUUACAAACAGUGCCAGAAUUCAUUGACUUGAGGCAUGAACUGGCAAUUGAGGACGUUCAAGCGCCACUUAACGAGCGCUUUGAAUCAACAGAUAGUAUGACAGAUCUCAUGAUCCUUUUGGAGAGCGAGUAUAUCAAUUCGUUGAUCAAUUACAAGCUUGAGCUUUUCCAGGAUGACGUGGUUGCAGACCUUGAUGAGUUGCCCGUUUUGGAAGUCAAUCCACUUCACAGAUCGGUUUUUUACUCUCUUUUGACGAUAAUCUCGUUGCACGUGCAUCAAAUUCCUUCGGACAACUCCCACUGGAUUCAUCUCCAAAACUGGCUGGAUAUAAUUAUCCUUGCCGUGAAAAAACGCAAAUCGUUUUCUCAGGCAGAUGUCUGGACUCUAGUGAGAUUAAUCACCUUGUGUUCAGAAAUUGGGGCUUAUAAAACACUGAACGAGGAAUCCUGGAGACAAUGUUCUGACUUGUUAUAUCAGCUCCUGAAUUACUUAUCAGUUGCUUUCUUGGGAUACGAUGACAUGGCUGAUUUCAAGAGACUAUUUAUAUUAUUGGACUCGCUGAACGAGCCGGGAAAUACCUCAAGAUAUGCUUUUGGAAUUCCUGAAAGCCUACUAACAGAAUUCAAUGCUUUGUUCACUGAGUAUUCCAACCUAUUGGUAACGAGACUACAGGGCCGUGCGACGGCUACCGUGAACUGUGAUGUUUCAGGCUCAAAAACUCUUGCUGAGAAAUCAUGUGGAAUAUAUGGCUCUGAUAUUCCUGCAACGGCUUCCAAUGACUUUGAAGGCAUAGCAUUUAUUUAG